AUGUCGACCGCGGCCAAGGAGUACGACUACAUCGUCAUCGGAGGAGGUUCCGGCGGUGUCGCUUCGGCUAGGCGAGCUCGUGAAUUUGGCGUGAGCGUGGCGGUGAUCGAGUCCGGGCGUCUUGGCGGCACUUGUGUGAACGUCGGGUGCGUGCCGAAGAAGGUGAUGUACAACUGUGCGUUGCACGCCGAAUUCAUCCGCGAUCACAAGGACUACGGAUUCGACGUGACGCUGAACAAGUUUGAUUGGAGUGUCAUCAAGAAGUCUCGUGACGCCUACGUUCGACGCCUGAAUGGAAUUUACGACAAUCUCGUUUCUAACUCGUCAAAAUGUGAUCUCAUCCGCGGCAAGGCUACUUUUGCCGAAGACGGAAGCGUCGUGGUCAACGGCGAGAAGUACAAGGGCAAACAUACUCUGAUCGCUGUCGGAGGCACCCCAACGAUUCCAAAUGUUCCCGGUGCCCACUACGGCACUGAUUCGGAUGGCUUCUUCGAUCUGGAAACGCUGCCGAAGAAGUCUGUCGUUGUCGGAGCUGGUUACAUUGCCGUCGAGCUGGCUGGCAUCUUGGGAACUCUGGGAUCAGAAACGCAUUUGCUGAUCCGCUAUGGGCAGGUCCUUCGAACAUUCGACCAGGAUUUGUCGAAGAUAUUGACUGAGUGCUACGAGAAGGGCCCGGUCAAGCUGCACAAAGAGACAAACGUUAAAUCCGUGGAAAAGAGACCAGACGGGCGGUUGACGGUGACAACGGAUACGGGAGUUAUUGACGAGGUGGACUCGCUCAUUUGGGCCAUCGGGCGUCACAGCCUGACGAAGGAGCUGAAUCUUGAAAAGGCCGGCAUAAAAACCGAUGACGCUGGAAAUAUCCUCGUGGAUAAGUUCCAAAAUACGAACGUCAAGGGAGUCUACUCGGUCGGUGACGACACCGGAAAAUGGCAAUUGACUCCAGUGGCCAUUGCCGCUGGUCGGCGCCUGGCACAUCGUCUUUUCAACGGCGAAUCGGACCUGCACCUCUCGUACGAGGACAUCCCGACAGUCGUCUUCAGCCACCCGGUACUCGGAACCGUUGGAUUGACAGAAAAAGAAGCAAUCGCCAAGUAUGGAAAGGAUAACAUCAGUCUAUACAAGUCACGCUUCACUCCGAUGUAUCACGCAGUCUGCGAACAUAAGGAGACUGCUUUCUUCAAGCUGAUCUGUGCCGGACCAGAAGAAAAGGUCGUUGGCGUGCAUAUCCUCGGCGCCGGCUCAGACGAAAUGCUGCAAGGCUUCGCGGUUGCGGUGAAGAUGGGCGCUACAAAGAAGCAGUUCGACGAUACUGUGGCAAUUCACCCGACGUCUGCGGAAGAAUUGGUUACAAUGCGAGGACCUACCAAGCCCGAG